UGAAUAUGUUUAAUGUUUCCGGUGUGUGACUUUAGGAAUGCUUCGGUUUGAUCGUUUCAACCGUGUUUGAUUAAUUACCACUGAAAAUUGUGUGUUUUUUUACUAUAAAUGCUAAAAAACGAUGCAAAAUUUUUAGCAUUUACCUGAAAUGAAUGAAAUCAUGAUUAAGAUUUUAUAUUUAAAAAUUAACCUAAAUAUUUCUAAUAAUUUACCUUACCUUCCUAUUGCAGCACGUAGUAAGAUGACAACGAGUGAGUUUUCCGCUUAGUAAUGUGCUUUUCUUUUGUUCUCCUUCUACAAUUAGUGGUUUUCUAUUCCAUUGCCAUUUACUAUCGCAAAAUCGGACGGUAUAAAUCCAUCGGGCGCGCGUGAAAGACAACUCCCGGUGCAGUUGGCUGCCUGCUUUCUUCCACAAUGCACCGUAACACGACACCAUCAUCCACACAUCGCAGUAGUCCGGACGCAGCGGUUGCUCCAAAUAGCAGCGGCUUGUUAAAUCUAUUAUCAUCAACAUCGCCGUCAUCGUCAACGGUACACACCGUGGAGUGCUGUCUUUGCGCGAGACCAUUUCCAGAGGAUAGGUCAGCCGCGAUACGCCACCAAUAAGACACGUACGAUUGGGGCUCGGUCGCUGAUGUUCCAGGCCGCGGUAUCAUCACUUGUUGGCAAACCUUGGCCACUGACGGGUCGCUUUAGCUUCGGUGCAGUGUUGGGCGGUCGUUCAGUCGUUGCGUUUUGCGUGCGAGGAAAACCUUUUCGUUGUUAAACCGAAACACAGUGCAGGAAGUUUGCGUGAAAAACACAUUUUUAUGUUACAAAACGUUAUGUGCGUUCACGUGUUGGUGUAAAAUUGGUGAUGAUUUUUUUGUUUGCAUGUGAAAUAGUUUACAAACGUGAAAUAGAGUCUCUUUGAUACAAAACAAAAGUGUAAAUAACGCAACAACAAAAAAAAACGUAACAGUUCAACAUGACUGAUAAAACCGAAUCAAACCAGGGAAUAGAACUCCAAAAUCAAAGCGAGCGUGAAGCACAGCCGCCCACAGAAACAGUCAAGGGCGAAUCGGACCGAAAAUGGAACCUCGACCCAAUACAGCAGGCGAUGGGCCAACUCGGUUGGUGGCACAUUCUGGUGUGUGCCGUCAUCUUUCCGCUAAAGUUCCCGGUAGCUUGGCAUCAGAUGAGCAUCAUCUUUCUCGGACCGUCCGUUAACUAUACCUGCGCAUCAGAACCGUCGCUCGAUCGUUGCGAUGCCGGUUGUACGAGCUGGAGCUACGAUAACAGUACCUUUGCAACGACGAUCACCAGCGAGUGGGAUCUGGUGUGUGGUAAUGCAAAUUUGGUCAAACUAUCACAAACCAUCUUUAUGUUCGGAAUUUUGGUUGGUGGCGUUGCGUUUGGAUCACUCGCAGACAAAUACGGCCGAAGACCUCCGUUGGUGAUUGCGGUCAUUAUUCAGCUCGUAUCGGGAGUUGGUGCCUCCGUUAUUGGUUCGUUCUGGAUAUUCGUGGUGCUACGUUUCCUCACAGCCGUCGCUACUGGUGGCACUAUGGUAACGAGCUUUGUACUUGUGAUGGAGAUCAUCGGUCCCAAGUGGCGUGAGCUGUUCUCCGUCCUUUAUCAGAUCCCUUUCAAUCUGGGUCAUCUGACAUUGGCCGGCUUCGCUUACUUCUUGCGCGAAUGGCGUGAGCUUCAGUUCGCACUAUCGAUAUUCUCCGUGCUGAUGCUGUCCUACUACUGGUUGGUACCGGAAUCACCACGCUACCUGUUCACCUCUGGCAACGUGGAUGGCGCUGUAACGGUGCUGGAACAAGCGGCCAAACGCAACAACCUCCAGACGGACACGAUCCGCAACGAUAUCGAACAGUACGCGAAGGAAAAAUCGCGCAAUGCGUCCGCCAACGCAUCAAAGGGCAACGUGCUAGAUUUGUUCCGUACGCCCAACAUGCGUGCGAAGACCCUGUACAUGUGCUUCAACUGGUUCGUCUGUGGAUUGGCGUUCUUCGGUGUGGCGCAGUACAUUGGACAUGCUGGUGGCGAUAUCUACACGAACGUGGCCAUCAGUGCGGCCCUCGAGCUGCCUGGUACGCUGCUCUGCAUCUACAUGAUGAAGGCGCACGGUCGUAAGAAGACGCUCAUCUUUUCCAACACCCUUACCGGCAUCUCGAUGCUGGCGAUCGCAUUUGUACCCAGCUCGGCUAGCGCUGUAAACGUCGGUCUAGCAUCAGUGGGGCUGGUCGGUAUGAGUAUCAGCUUCCCCACCGUGUACCUUUAUGCGGGCGAGCUUUUCCCAACUGUGGUGCGAAAUGUCGGCAUCGGUACAGCGUCCAUGAUUGCCCGGUUCGGAUCAAUGAUUGCCCCGUUUGUGGCGGGUAUGGGCUCGAUCGCCUACUGGUUGCCACCGUGCAUCUUCGGUCUGGUACCGCUUGUUGGAGCAUUCUGCGUAUUUUUCCUGCCCGAAACACAAGGCCAUCCACUGCCGGAGACGCUGGAGGAUGGAGAAAGCUUUGGCAAAUGUAUGAAGGGGGAAGGAGCGAACGGUACGGCGAAUGUAGAGAAUGGAAAACAGUAGAAUGUACGGGUGGUAAAACAUACCUAUGUUAGCAUUUGUUUUAGAAUAGUGUUUGUUUUUGUUCCUUUCCCAAUCGAUAUUGCGUUAGGGCGUCGAUGCUCCUGCACUGCAUUAUUUCUCUAGCGACACUAUGUGUCCAAGUUGCCUUACAGGAAAGGGAUGGACGAUGGAUGCAAUGCCACUGUUGGGUUGCAUCGUAAUCGAUAAUGUGUAGCAAUUAAUGUAUCGAAACCAUUUUUUUUACUAUUAUUCUGUAAGUAGUUCCAACAAUAACAACAACGAGCAGAAAGAAUGGAACCUCAAGCUGUGUUCCUCACAAUGACAAUGUAGCGCUAGGUUCAAACUCAAACAUCUCCAUCCAAGGGGUGGAAGCGUGAAUAACCCAAAUCCGAAUAUAGAGAAGUGAUAAAUAAAUGUAAAAACAAAAAAGAGUGCAAACUGUGUAACAUCAUUGAUUUUUAUCGGUUUAAAAUUUCUCGAAUGAUAGAUUAGCUGUAAGACUAACCGUUCUAUUUCAAAUGAAAGAAAUUUAAUUUGAAACAAAUAA